AAAAUGUUGUACCUUGCGGGUAGCUAGCUAGCUUUGGAGUUCCCAUCAAUUAUGUUACUUGUGUGCUUCGGGUAGCGUUCCAUUCACCUCAGGUGAUUCGUAACUGUUGGAAGGCAGCGGCCACCUGCGGUGCUGCAACUGCAGGCGGAAGGAUAUUGUAGCGGCAGGCAGCGCAACGCAUCACUCAUCAGCACAAUGAAUCAGGCCAACAAACGCUCGGGGAGUACAACGUCCGAGUUCACAGAGAAGGUGGCAUUUUAUAGUGCUGGUUUGGUCGAGCCGAAUGAUUUUGCGCUCCAGUGCAAUGAUUUCCUUGACAAGAUGAAGCAGAGCAGUGCCUUUGAGCUGGUCAAGAACAUCAAGAAAUUCAUCAGCAAAUUUACACAGCAACAGGUUCCUAAACCGAUUGAAGACCUGGUGGAUGAGAUCCGACAGUUUCUUGAUGACACAUCACUAGUGAUUGAACGACAUCCUCUAUGGAGAACGGCAAGUGACGAGGAAACAAUGAUCGCCGCCGAAGCGCUGGAGAGGUACACCAUGCACAAAGUCCACAAGUGUGUGUAUUCACCAUCCCGCGAGGACGACGCCAGGCGGGAUCGAGAGUUUGUUCAGCAACUCGAGUCUUUGAGUUUCAUCACUCCGAAUCUGCUGGAUAUACCAUUGUCCGGUCCUACCUGUGAAGCAGGCUGGGAAGUUGCUAGUAACCAGCUGAAGAAGAUGGAGAGUUGCAAGUCACCAAGAGACAAAGUCACUUGCGUCAUGAACCUUUUCACAGUCUUGUGCAAACUGUUGGUGGAUGUCGGCUCAGGGAAUGCAGCCGGUGCUGAUGACCUCAUGCCCAACGUCAUCUACAUCAUUCUGAGAGCAAAACCUGCGCAUUGGUUCUCCGAUGUACGCUAUAUACAGAGAUUCCGACACCCUGGUCGACUCUCUUCUGAAGCCGGGUACUACAUGACACAGAUGAUGGGUGCCGUUGCCUUUCUAGAGAAGGUCGAGGCGCGUCACCUCUCCCUGACCGAGGCGGAGUUUCAGAAAGCCAAGCGCGGGGAGUUCACACCACCGACAAGACCUCCACAAGAGAAGAAACGGAGUCGCAAAUCAUCUCCGUCCACCGAGGAUGAGACACCGGUAGGGCCAUCUAGUACUACUGGCACAACGGCCUCUGAAGACGUCCAGGCAGCACAAGCGAGUGCGGAGCCGACUACAGAGGUACCAGAGUUGUCCAAGCAGGAAUUUAUCAAGAGAUUGUCAAGUUGUUCCACUUCAAGUGUGAACAGCACCAGCAGCAACCGCUCAAGCACACACUCUGCAAGUUCUUCCCCCGCUGUCUCUCGUCGCCAUCGCUCGGACAGCAACAAAGGCAACCACCUUAGCAACAGCGGUACCCCUUCGUCCACCUCACCGGCAAUGGCCGCUCGCCACGUAAUCACCCCGACCAGACAGAAGUCGUCGACGGGCUCGGAGGCUGACGUUCGCGAUGGAGUCACACCGACAGCGUCAGCAUUGCCGACUGAAGGUAGCAAUGAUGCGUAUUCCAUUGCCAUUGCUGCUAGUGUGUCAGCAAGUGAUCGUGCCGCCGAGGCAGCUAUUCGCAAGGUUUCCACUCUAGCACCAGAUCUUGACCCUUCCAACCCAAUGAGUAUGCUGUCUCCUCUUACAUCAGUGACUGGUUCUCCUGUCCCGGAGGCUGGAAUUGUGGAACGUUUCCUGAACUGCAAAUUCAAGGAGAUGACAGUUGGCGACAUGACAGAGCUACUGAAAAACUAUCGGAUAUUGGUGCACAAGUACAGCACACUACGUGCUCAGAUGGCCACGGUUAGUGCCACCUCCACCCAGGCCAGACUGCUGGAAGCUCAGCGCUGUGCAGCUGCCAACGGCGGCGGCGGUGGUGGUGGAGAAGCAGGAGUAGCAGCAGGCAGCACCGUGAGUUCUGCGACAACGCCGGCUGCCGCCGUCGCCCGGCAGCAAUCGUCCAGCAGCCGUCUCUCCAGCACGCUAUCGCCAGUCAGCAGUGCGAGUAGCAGCAGCAGCAGCUCUGCCAACCAGAGCAUGCCCAUUAACGCACGGAGCAGUGCUGGUGGAGGCAGCAACGGCAGUACAUCUGACCCCAGCAGAGAGAGCGCCCCGGCUGGUGGAGACGCGGUAUUCAUCUCAAACCCAGCCGCAAUGCUGAACUAGCUCCAACGCCACCGCAUUCCUCACAAGAUUAAAAAACAAACAUAUACCUAUCAGACUACUUCAGGCAAGCAGUGAAACGUUUCCCCUUGUUGUCCCAUGCUUAGAAUUUCACGUCCUGUUUUUCCCUAGUGAUUAUCCAAGUCGGUAUCUUAGCCAGGAGUCUUAUAGAACCUUAGGUCUUGACCUACCAGACGCACAAACAAAGGAAAUGUCAGUGGAAAAUAUUAAUCUAGUUUGACGCCUGUUCUGAAAUGUAACGACAUUGUGGGAACAGGUAAAUGUAUGGUUUGACCAAGAUUGUCCUUGAGCUAUUCAAAUGGCAACGCGCCCAAAUCUAAGACCCCUGUGUGUUUUCCUCUUUUUGACUAUUGAAAAAGAGUGAAUAAUUCUACACGGUAUUUUGUGGAAUUGCUUUGGAGGAAUUCCGUCACUACAGACGUUCGAAUAUUAUUGGCACCCUGCGGGAAUCUUUGCUUAUUUUUUACUAAGGUUAUGAAAGGAAUGCUUGCUUUCCACUACUUUUCACCGCACGGCUAAAUUAUUAUUAUCGCCCUCUGCAUGUGCGUAUCCUGCUGUUUCCCCUCUUGACAUCAUGUAAUAUAUUAUUUGUUUGGAUUCGUUACUCAGUCCCAUGCAGCCACAUUGUUUUUUCACGAGAUAGCCACAAAUCACGAUGGUGCGAAUGCGAGCAUAUACAGCUAAA